CACCUGCUGGCUGUCUGAGGCGCCCGGCCGAACCAUGUCGGAGAUCUUAUGCCAGUGGCUCAACCAGGAGUUGAAGUUGUCCCGGAUCGUGAGUCCCAAGUCAUUUGCAAAGGCAUUUUCCAAUGGCUAUCUAAUUGGAGAAGUUCUGCACAAGUUUGAACUUCAGGAUGAUUUUUCAGAAUUUUUGGAAAGCAGGGUUUCAGGUGCCAAGCUUAAUAAUUUCUCUCGUUUGGAGCCAACACUUCACCUUCUGGGUGUGCAGUUUGAUCAGAAUGUGGCCCAUAACAUCAUCACAGAAAAGCCUGGGGCAGCAACAAAACUUUUAUAUCAAUUGUACAUUGCUCUUCAGAAAAAGAAGAAAAGUGGUUUGACUGGAAUGGAAAUGCAAACCAUGCAGCCCCUGAGAAAACUGAGACUUCAAAGCAUGAGAAGUGAUGCUUUUCAAGAGAGACUUAGAAACCUGAUACCACGUCAAACUGAUUACAAUCUGAUGCGGGUUACAUACAGGUUUCAAGAAAAAUAUAAACACACGAAAGAAGAGCUUGCCCGUAUGCAUUUUGAGGAACUUCAAAGAUUUCAAAAAUUCAAGGAAGAACAAAGAUGUUUUGAUAUUGAAAAGCAACGCUUAAGCAGAAGACGACAAAAUGAAAUAAUGGCCCAAAUCCAAGCAGCUAUCAUACAGAUUCCUAAACCUACAUCAAAUUACACUAUGAGAGCACUUGAGGCCCAAAAAAUGAGGAAAAAAAAGAAAGAGGCUGAAGAUGUGGCCAAUGAAAUUAAGAAGUUUGAAGCAUUAAUAAAGAAGGAUCUCCAAGCAAAAGAAAGUGUAUCCAAGACUUCUGUAGAUAUCGCAGGCCAGACAACUACUGAUUUGUUAAACACUUACUCGGAUGAUGACUACAUUAAAAAAAUCCAGAAGCGCCUAGAAGAAGAUGCUUUUGCCAGAGAGCAAAGAGAGAAAAGACGGCGGAGAUUGUUAAUGGACCAGUUAAUAGCCCAUGAAGCACAAGAAGAGGCCUAUCGGGAGGAGCAGCUGAUUAACCGGCUGAUGAGGCAGUCCCAGCAGGAGCGCAGGAUUGCUGUGCAGCUGAUGCAUGUUCGGCACGAGAAAGAGGUUUUAUGGCAAAACAGAAUUUUCAAAGAAAAACAAUAUGAGGAAAGACGACUUAAAGAUUUCCAGGAUGCUCUUGAUCGAGAAGCCGCUUUGGCAAAACAAGCCAAGAUUGAUUUUGAAGAACAAAUCCUCAGAGAGAAAAAAGUUCACGAGCAAAUUGCUGUGGAAAGAGCUCAAGCUCGUUUUAAAAAGCAUUAUUCAAUAUGUACAGAGAUUAUGGAUCAAAUCCUUGAUUUUUCCACUAAAGUGGCAGACUAUCGAAUGUUGACAAAUAACAUGAUUCCACACAAGUUGAUGCAUGACUGGAAGGAACUGUUUUUUACUGGAAAGCCCUUAUAUGAACAAGCCUCAAUUAAGCCACUACCUGCUAAACCCUCACCAGAACAACGUAUAGAACUGGAGAAAAGGGACUUUCUAGAUAACAAUGAUUAUGAAGAAUAUAAGAACAUGGUAGGAGAGUGGGCCUUACCAGAAGAAAUGGUUGAUAAUAAACCGCCUCCCAACAACUGUAUAUUGACCCAUGUCCUUCACAGACUAGCUGAAAAAUCUCAUCCUCCUCAAGUUGAAUCAACAGAACCAGAAUUACUUUCCUUUGCUGUUAAAGGAUGCUUCUUGGGGAAAACAUUUAGUGGGAAAACUACCAUUCUAAAGUCUCUACAAAAAGAUUUCCCGAUUCAGAUCCUUUCUAUUGACACUCUUGUCCAAGAAGCGAUACAAGCAUUCCAUGACAACGAAAGAGCCAGUGAGGCCCUGCCAAUUCAGGAAAGUGAGCAGGCUCCACCAGGCCUGCAAAAUGAAAGGCAGGCAAGUCUGAUUCUAGUUUCCUUUACUGCAUCUAGUACACCCAAUAGUCACAAGCAUUCACGAAAAGGAUUUUCAACUGGUCCAGGCUUAGGUGAAGUCUUACCAGAUACUAACAGAACACUAAAAGCUGAAAAAGUCAGAUCAAGUUUUGAUUUUACCAAACUCACUGUGCGUGCUCAGCUUGGUGCAAAAUCAGAAGAGUUGCUGAAGAAAGGAAAGAACAUUCCUGACAUGUUGCUCGUGGACAUCAUGGUAAAUGCUAUUAACGAGAUACCUGCAGAUCAAGGGUGGGUCCUGGAUGGUUUUCCAACGACAUUAAACCAAGUGCAGCUCCUGGAGGAAGCUCUUACCGGCUACAACAGAACCCUCAUAGAAAUGGAGGCAAAGAAAGCACAAAGAUCCACAUUGUUUGCUGAUCCUCCCAAAGAAGUGCCUCUUCCCCCUUCUGCAUUUGAUUUUGUCGUAUUAUUAGACAUCUCAGAUACUUCCUCACUGAGUCGUGUGAAUGAUAUCAUAGCAAAAGAACUUUCACCUUCCACUUAUCAUGACGAUAUUAAUCAACAUGUAGCUGCUGAAAACCAAGAUAUGGAUGGGGACCAGAAUUUAAGAGACCAGAUACAACAUAGAAUUAUAGGCUUCUUGGACAACUGGCCUUCAUUGGAGCAAUGGUUUUCAGAGCCAGAAAAUAUUUUAAUAAAAGUCAAUGCUGAAGUAGAUAAACCAUUUUUAUAUAAAAUAGUAAAAGAAAUUUUGAUGACUGAAAUAGUGAAAAAAAGGAAUAAAGUUCAAAAGAAAUUAGAAGAAAAGGAAGCUGAGAAAAAAGCAGCAGCUUCCCUGGCUGAGCCUCCUCCUCCUCCCCCUCCUCCUCCUCCUCCCAUUCCUAUUGAAUCAGAAAAAGAGAAGGAAACUCAUCCUCACCAUGAGUCUACAAAAACUCCUUCUGGAAAAGGAAAAUCACAAUCAGAUAUGGCCCAUGCUAAGAAAGAAUCUCUUCAGGAAGGAAAGGGGAAGAAAGGUGAAACUUCACUGAAAAGAAAAGGUUCUCCAAAAGGAAAAUCACCAGGAGGAAAAGUAUCAGUAAAGAAAUCACCUGCUAGCUCUGCAGAAACAUCACCUACUCCAGUAGUGCCACCACCUCCUAAGCCAGGAUCAGAAGAAUGGGUCUACGUGGAUGAACCAAUUCCUGAGGAAAUUCCUUCAUUUUUACUACCUUACUGGGAACUAAUAGAAAAUUCUUAUAUAAACACCAUCAAAACAGUGCUCAGACAUCUGAGAGAAUAUCAGAAGACUGUGCUUGCUUACUUGUAUGAGAUUAGGACAUCUUUCCAGGAAUAUCUAAGGCGUCCAGAUUACAAGCAAGAUUUUGUAUCUCAGUGGCAGGCUGAUUUCAACUCCCUUCCUGAUGACCUGUGGGAUGAUGAGGAAACAAAGGCUGAACUUCACCAAAGAGUGAAUGAUCUGCGAGACCGCCUGUGGGACAUCUGUGAAGCCCGGAAGGAAGAGGCCGAGCAGGAGCGGCUGGACGUCAUCAAUGAGAGCUGGCUGCAGGACUCAUUCGGAAUCCUAAUUAACCAUUUCUUCUCACUGAUGCAGGCAGAAUCGAACCGUUUUCAAGAUACAAAGCGAUUCCUUCAAGAUUAUUACAGGGCAAUGGAAUCCAAAAUCCCAGUAGACGACAAUAAGAAAUUUGCUCGAAUCCCACUGGUCCAAAUGGACAGCAAGGACAUUUUGGAAAGCCAACUUAGAAUUCCUCUAGUUCCUCGACUAUCCAUUUCUCCAGAAACAGUUAUGUCCAAAUCAAAACUAAAAUCCAUACUGAAGGGCAAGAUCGAUUACUCGCUGGAAAACGUGGAGUUAAAUUUUGAGGCAGAUGAGAAGCUGGUAAUGGACACCUGGCAGCAGGCUUCGUUAGCAGUGUCUCAGAUGGUGGCUGCUGAAAUUCAUCAGAGGCUCAUGGAAGAAGAAAAAGAAAACCAGCCAGCGGACCCCAAAGAAAAAUCUCCUCAGACAGCUUCAAAUAAAAAAGCCAAAGCAGAACCACAAAUACCCAAGAAAAAAUCAGAGGACAAAAAAUCCAAAGGUAAAUCACCACCUGUGGCAGAACUUUCUCCUGUGUUAACAACAGAGGAAGUCGCCGAAAUGGAAAGGAAAAAUGAACUAAGGCUCAAAAUAAAAGAAGAACACCUUUCUGCCCUGCAAUUUGAAGAGAUAGCCACACAGUUUCGACUUGAACUAAUAAAGACAAAAGCAUUGGCUGUUCUCGAAAAUUUAAUAACAAAGGUGAUCGAUGUAUAUAAACUCAUGGAAAAAUGGCUUGGUGAAAGGUAUUUGAAUGAAAUGUCCAGCAUAGAAAAAUUAACCGAGGUAGCACGCUAUUACAUCGAAACAUCUACGAAAAUUCAGAAUGAACUUUAUUUAAGCCAAGAAGACUUCUUCAUUAAUGGCGAUAUGAAAGUCUUCCCAGAUCCUCCCCCACCGAUACGUCCUCCACCCAUAGAAAAGGAGGAAAAUGGCACCCUGACCCUUGAACAGCUUGACAAUCUUCGAGAUCAAUUCUUAGAUAUGGCACCUAAAGGCCUGAUCGGAAAUAAAGCAUUUACUGACAUUCUGCUGGAUUUGGUGACCCUGAACCUUGGGACCAACAACUUUCCUAGUAGUUGGAUGCACCUUACCCAACCUGAAUUACAGGAGUUAACAUCUGUAUUAACAGUAAACUCGGAGUUCGUGGACUGGCGGAAAUUCCUGUUAGUAACCUCGUUGCCUUGGCCCAUCCCCCUGGAGGAGGAGCUCCUGGAGACUCUGCAGAAGUUCAAGGCUGUGGAUGAGGAGCAGAAGGCCACCAUCACUUUUGAGCAGUAUAUGCAGGCUGGCUUGUGGUUUACGGGAGAUGAAGAUAUAAAAGUUCCAGAAAAUCCUCUUGAACCCUUGCCGUUUAAUAGGCAAGAACACCUUAUAGAGUUUUUCUUCAGGCUAUUUGCUGACUAUGAGAAGGAUCCGCCCCAGCUUGACUACACGCAGAUGCUGCUUUAUUUUGCUUGCCACCCAGACAGUGUGGAAGGGGUCUACAGGGCCCUCAGCGUGGCCAUCGGGACGCAUGUCUUCCAACAAGAUGAAACUCAUAUUCUGAUUGCUGAAAAGACUUCCUCCUCUACUGAUAUGAGUCCAAUUGAAGAGUUUCCUGAACUUGAUGAAAAUGUUGCAAAAGAGGAAAGAGAAUUAAAAGAAGAAAGGGAGGACAGGGAGCAAAAGGAAGAAGAAAUCCCUGAAAAUGCAAACAGUGAAAAGAUUUCCCUGGAAACGCUACUAAAAGUGUUCAGAGGAGGAGGUGAAGCCCAGGACGCUAACAGAUUUGCCAGCCACCUCAGGAUGGAGAACAUUUAUGCAGAGAGCUUCAUAAAAACAUUUGAGGACCUGGGUGCUAAGAACCUGGAGCCAAUUGAAGUUGCUGUUCUCUUGAAGCACCCUUUUAUUCAGGACCUGAUUUCAAAUUAUUCAGACUAUAAAAUUCCUGAUAUUAAAAUGAUUUUCCAAAGAAGUGAACACGUACAAGGCAGCGAUGAGGAGAGAUCACCUUCAAGACUUACAGAGGAAAAGAAAUGAAGACGGAAGAGUUUUGUUUUUAUAAUUUGUCAAUGAAUCUUCCAAAAGUCAAAUGUGA